UAAAAUUUAUUUAUUUAUAGAAUUAAGAUAAAAUUCAUAAACAUAAGCAAUUUUAUGUGAAUACAUUAACUUGAUACUUUAGAAAAAUUAAUAAUUUCGACACUUGCAAACUAUUCAGUUCUCCUAUUAUAAAUAAAUUCAUUUUAUAGCAAAUAUCACAUGUUCUAAAUAUCUACCUAGAUAAAUACUUAAAAUUGUACAAUUUCCUAAUUGCUAAAACAAUCAUGUACAGUCUCUCAUAAGAGUAGGAAUAAUUACGGUUUAGAUAUUCACACAAGCAUAUACAAAGGACUUUAAACAAAUCUUCCUUAAGAAAUUCACGGAACAAGGAGCUUAAUUCGUUGGUUGAUGGAACUUUUGAAGAAUUUGCAAUCGAUUUAAUCGCAACUGGAUAUGAUAACAAAUAUCCAUUUAUAGUGAUGAUUGCGGAAUUAACACCGAGAAUAAACACACACCUUCUGUUCAAACAAUCCUUAACAGCAAUCAACCAAAUCUAGCAAUUAUAGAAUUAUCUUACAACUCCAAUGUAUAAUCUACAAAUUCGUUUCAUUUUGAAGAUUUGGUCAGACGAAAAAAAUAUUCAUUUGUAAAAAGAUAUUCAAGAUUUAGAGCUUAAAGAAUUUGAGUAUUUGCUAACUGAUAAAAAAAGUAUUAAUUAUGAUAUAUACACUCGUUCUAAUAGCGUCACGUCUGGAAGCUCUUCAUUGUCUUCAAAGGACGAGGAUAAAACUCCGGUGCCUCCAAGUUCAAUAAUUUAUUUCUCAUAUCAAUACAUUUUAGGUAUAUUCCUUUUAUUUGUUAUUAACUUUGUGUAAUAUUCUGUAAACAGCACGAAAUUGGUCAUUGAUUUCUUUUUAUAUUCCUCAAUGGAAACACAA